GAACCCCAUGAGCUUCCUUCGCCCGCCGUCGACCGGAAGUCCCCGUUCUGAAUGGGGCAGGAGCCGGUUGCUGCCGCACCUCUGCGCGGGCUCACCGGCAAGCGACUCUGGCUCUCGAGUCCCGUCGGCCGCUAGGUUCAUGUGGAGGCUUCCGGGCCGCGCCGCGCUGCGUGGGGUCCGGUCGGUGGUGGAGCAGCGCAGCCGGGCCGAGGCGGCGAGCGAGCAGGCGGCGUGCGCCAUGGAGCGGGCGGUGGUGCGCUGCGUGCCCUCGGAGCCCAAGCUCAGCCUGUCGUUCGCGCUGGCCGACGGCAGCCACAAGAACAUGCAGCGCGACCAGAGCGAGCCCCUGGGCCGGGCCCUCAGCCGGAUCGCUACCAACGCCCUCAAGGGCCACGCUAAGGCGGCGGCCGCCAAGAAGAACCGGAAGAACCGAGCGCAGUCGGGCGGCGGCGAGGCCUGCGCUCCGGAACCGGCCGCGGCCUGCGAGCCUGUGGUGAAGCUGUACUACCGCGAGGAAGCCGUGGCGGACGACGUGCUCAACGUGGAUGCCUGGCAGGACGGCGCGGUGCUGCAGAUCGGCGACGUCAAGUACAAGGUAGAGCGCAACCCGCCCGCCUUCACCGAGCUGCAGCUGCCGCGUUACAUCAUGGCCGGCUUCCCGGUGUGUCCCAAGCUCAGCCUGGAGUUUGGGGAUUCCGCCAGCUCCGUGUUCCGCUGGUACAAGGAGGUCAAGCCCGGUGCGGCCGAGCCCGCCGAGUCGUCGUCGCGCCCCGGGCCGUCUUCAGCUUGGACCGAGACGGGUGUGGCCGAGCGCGUGUACACCCCGUGCAACGCGGACAUCGGGCUGCGGCUCAAGCUUCACUGCACGCCGGGCAAUGGGCAGCGCUUCGGGCCAAGCCGCGAGCUGGAGAGCGUGUGUCCCGUGGAGGCCGGGCCCGGCACCUGCACGUUUGACCAUCGGCAUCUGUACACCAAGAAGGUGCCGGAGGACUCCAUCAUCCGGACCGUCUCCUACAACAUCCUGGCAGACACUUACGCCCAGACCGAGUUCUCCCGGACCGUCCUCUACCCGUACUGUGCGCCCUACGCGCUGGAGCUUGACUACCGCCAGAACCUCAUCCAGAAGGAGCUCACGGGCUACAACGCAGACCUCAUCUGUUUGCAGGAGGUGGACCGCGAGGUGUUCUCCGACAGCUUGGUCCCGGCCCUGGAGGCCUUCGGCCUGGAGGGCGUGUUCCGGAUCAAACAGCACGAAGGCCUGGCCACUUUCUACCGGAAGUCCAAGUUCAACCUCCUUAGCCAACACGACAUUUCUUUUCAAGAAGCCUUGGAGUCGGACCCGCUGCACAAGGACCUGCUGGAGAAACUAGCUUUGAACCCGCUAGCGCAGGAGAAAGUACUCCAGAGAUCGUCCGUCCUUCAGAUUUCAGUUCUUCAGUCUACAAAGGACUCUUCUAAAAAGAUAUGUGUUGCUAAUACCCAUCUCUACUGGCACCCAAAUGGUGGAUACAUUCGUCUCAUUCAAAUGGCAGUAGCCUUGGCUCACAUUAGACAUGUUUCAUGUGACCUGUAUCCUGGCCUACCAGUUAUAUUUUGUGGAGACUUUAAUAGUACACCAUCUACAGGAUUGUAUCAUUUUGUCAUCAAUGGCAGCAUUCUGGAGGAUCAUGAAGACUGGGCUUCCAAUGGGGAAGAGGAAAGAUGCAAUAUGUCUCUCACACACCUUUUCAAACUGAAAAGCGCUUGUGGAGAACCUGCUUACACCAAUUACGUUGGUGGCUUUCACGGAUGUCUAGAUUACAUUUUCAUUGACUUAAAUGCUUUCGAGGUUGAACAGGUGAUUCCGUUACCUAGUCAUGAAGAGGUUACCACCCAUCAGGCCUUACCUAGUGUUUCUCACCCUUCUGAUCACAUAGCACUGGUUUGUGAUUUAAAAUGGAAGUAGGUUUUGCUGCAUUGAGUGAAAAGGAAGCGAGUUACUUUUCAGAAAAUUUAAUAUGAAUCAGCGCUCAUAUAUAAAAAUCUUCAGAGGACGUCUAGACACUAACUUUAUUAUGGUCAUUCCCUACUAGUUAUGUAUGUUCCAGGUGGCUUUGUUACAUACCAGUUCAUAAUGUUUGCAUCAUAUAUCUUUAUCCUCUUUUUUUAAUUUCCUACAUUUGGAGGAAAACAUUUAUGACUAGCAAGAAAAAAUGAACUAUUGUGUACAGCUUAUAGGUUUUUUUAAGCUGGCAAUUAAGAUUUUUAAUUUGAUAUUUGAAUAAUCUCAAUUUCUUUCAUAACACUUUACAUUGAAUUAUGUUCAUAUAAUUAGAGGGGGACAUGCAAGUAAAAGGUGAAAUACUUCAGAGAGACAUGGAAUCCAUUAGUCUAUCACUACCUCAAUUUGGUGACGUUAUUAUAAUUUGGAGCUUUAACAAAAGAUUAAAAUAUACCAUUACCAAUUUUUAUAGCUUCUUCAUUUUCAGUUAGCAGGGUAUUUUCCUUUUCUUAUUUCUAGCGUUUUUUAGUGGGCAUAUGGUGGCACAAAUGUGCGUAAUUUUUGUUCUCAUUCACAGUUCAGACCAUUUUAACAGUGUUCCCAGGGAGCAGCGACACAGCCUGAUCCCCUUGUCUUCACUCUUCCUCAACACACAGGGUACUUGACCAUAUGACAUGAAAGAAUAGUGCACAAUUAUUUUAUGAGAAACUUCUGAUUGGGGCUUCAAAUUAUACUUAAACCAUCGAGCAUUUUCAAAAUGGUAAUUUUUUAUUUUUUUAUUUUUAGAGACAGGGUUUCUCCGUAGCUUUUGGUUCCUGUCCUGGAACUAGCUCUUGUAGACCAGGCUGGCCUCGAACUCACAGAGAUCCAUCUGCCUCUGCCUCCCGAGUGCUGGGAUUAAAGGCGUGCGCCACCACCGCCCGGCGGUAAUUUUUUAUAAGCAAGAAAAAGGGAUGCUUUAUUAUAGCACUCAGGAGUCUGAGGUAGGGCUGCUUUGAGUUCAAUGCUAGUCUGGGUUAUACAAUUCAAGGUCAGUUUGGGCUACAUAAAUAGAAAAAGGGAACAGUGGGCUUUUCCCAGUAUCUGAAAUAAAUUUUAUAGACUUACAGAUAAUAAGGUAUAAAAAGAUUUGACUUAGUCAAAUCUCCAGCAUACAGAUGUCAGGACGACUGGAGUGCAAAGAUAGGGAGCACUACAAAAAUUCUAUAAAUAUCAUACCUGGAUUUAUUUGUACUUACAAAUUAAUACAAGGUGUUAAUCAGAAGUGUUUAAGCUAUCUUUGUGACUGAAUUUUUCUACUACUUUUGGAAUUUUUAGUACAUUUGAUUUUAAUAAAUAUGGGAAAUCUAGCAACUUGUGGUGAAGCACAUUUAUGUCAUAAGUUCUUGCUGAAGAAAAGUGACCAUUUUAGAGCAUGUUAUUCUGUGAAUAUAACUCUUAUGCAGUUGUCCCCAUAACAGACACUACAGUCAGUCAUUCGUCAAAAGAAGGCCAUUUCUGACUACAGUGUUUUGGCUUUAUUCACUUGUAUGUUUUUCCAGGUUAAUCCAUGUUACAGUAUGUACCAACACUUCAUCUUUUUUUACAGCUGAGCAUUUUCUACUGCAUGGAUAAUACAUCUUGCUUAU